AUGGGUAAAAUUAUACUGAUAUCAUGUCUCUUCGCGCUAGCCACUGCUGAUCCAUAUGAAUAUCCCAAUACCUUGACAGAUCGUCAAGUAAUGGUGCACUUGUUCGAGUGGAAAUGGAAGGAUAUCGCUGCAGAAUGUGAAAAUUUCUUGCAGUAUUAUGGAUACGGAGCCGUACAGGUCUCACCACCUAUGGAACACAUAACACUGAUUCAAAAUAAUGACAUGCCUUGGUGGGUCAGAUACCAGCCAGUCAGUUACAAACUUAUCUCACGUAGUGGUAACGAGGAAGAGUUCAAAGAUAUGGUUGACCGAUGUAACAAAGUUGGAGUGAGAAUCGUUGUUGAUACUGUCAUCAAUCACAUGACCGGAGCUGGACAGAAAAAAGGAGUCGGUACCAUAGAUAGCAGCGGCGGCUCAUUCUUUGAUGCAACGGACGGCGUAGAAAGCUUCCCAGAAGUCCCAUAUUCUCAGGAAGACUUCAACGAUUACAGAUGUAAAGGAGGCAUUGGAUCUGGAGAUUACAGUAACAAUCCAGAUAGGGUAAGAAAUUGUCGACUUGUUGGACUGCUUGACUUAGACCAGAGUAAAUCAUAUGUACAAGGCAAGAUCAUCGGAUAUCUCAACCAUCUCAUAGAUCUCGGUGUGGCCGGAUUCAGAGUUGACGCCUCAAAACAUAUGUGGCCUAAAGAGUUGAAGGCUAUUAUGGAUGGAACCAAAAACUUGAGAGAAGAUGUGGGUUACCGUAAAGGCUGA